AUGCAUUUCUCAAAAGGACUUGUCGUCGCUGCGGCCGUUGGUAUCGCGCAGGCGCAGACACCAAAGGGCUUCACGCCCGCAGCAAAGGCCCAGCUGGAUGUCAUCUUCAACAGCACGAAAGUCAGCACGCCAGGGGAACUCCUCAGCAAAGCCGCAACUGCAUCCCAGCCCCAACUCGCCCUCCCCUCAUCUGCUGUCUCUUCAAAUGAGACCUAUGUCUUCGUCAUGCUCGACCUGGACGUCCCUGCCGCCUCAGGCAACAGCUCUCGCCGCGUCCUCCUGCACGCCAUGAACACGGGCUUCAAAGCAACCAAGCAAUCCAUCGCUGGCGGCAACGUGCUGCUCGCCUCCAGCGAAAAGGGACCCGCCACUUACAUCGGACCCAGCCCCCCGGCGUCUGACACCAUCGCGCACAGAUACACACAGCUGCUCUUCAAGCAGCCGUCGACGCUCAAGGCGAGCGCGAGCGACUUUUCGAACACGCAGGCGCGCAUUGGAUUUGACAUUGCGGGCUUCGCGAAGCAGAAUGGGCUCGGAGAGCCGGUGGCGGGGAAUUUCUUCAUGGUGGAUGGGCGGGCAAGCGGCGCUGCGGCUGCGACUGGGACGAGGGGUGCGGGCGGCGCGAGACAGACGGGUGGUGGAGGCGGCAGGGGAAAUGGUACAAGUCCUCGUAAGUUAAGUCCAGUGGUGUGUGUGUGA